CACUUGUUGAGCUUGCCGUUGCGAUAUCGAACCAGCAACACUGACAAUAAACGAUGAGCUGGACUCCUUGUACACCAACGGUUACGUACCAGCAGCACGAAGUCAUCUGGUGCUAACCGCGAGAGGCGGAACGGUUUUUAUAUUCCCGGUCGUCUGAGCCAUCCCCUGCACGUCGCCUCCCACCCACGUCGUCUCGGUCCCAUCCAAGAAUCAUCUUCAUCAACGUCUCCUCCUCCUCGCACUGCCCCAGGGCCAUGGCCAUGGCUGCAGAGCUGGACAUAGCACCGGUGGCCAUCUCCCCGGCUGCCGGCGCGGCGGUGCGGCAGCGCAGGGGGUGGCUCCGGCGGAUGUACUCGCCAGUGGGCGCCGAUCAGGAAACGGCGCCGAGGACGAUGGAGCCGGCCGAUGCCACCGACGAUGGCAAGGACAGGCAGCGCGCGCGGCGCGGGUGGCUGCGGCGGCUGGUGCCGCGGGAGCACGCGCUGCGGGGACGGCGGUGGAAGCUGAGCGGCGCGUCGUCGAGGCUGGCGGCCGCGCUGCCGCGGUGGAAGCGGAUGCCGGGGCUCUCCGUCGGCGGCGGCUGGGCGCCGGCGCUGCUCGACGCCGUCGCGUUCCGCGUGAUGUACGUGGUGGAGGCCGUCGUGCUCGGCCUCGCGCUCUCCUGCUUCUUCUGCUGCUGCGGCUGCCAGAUAUGAGAGCAUGCAUGCACGCCUCUGCUCCGCCUUCUUGCUUGCCCUUCUGCUUUGCCGAUGGGCGUGUGCCUAAUCUCUCCCUAAUCAUCAUUAAGUAGCCUUUUUGUUGUUGCAUUAUGGUGUAAAGAUUUUUUUAAACUCAGCAUAAUACAC